AUGGCCGAAGUCCUCGGCACCGCCAUUGGAGUCGUCGGCUUCAUCGGCCAGCUCUUUGACGGCUGCGUCAAGGCCUACGGCUACUUCACCACGGCCGCCAACCUCGACGCCGACAGCCAGCGCAUGCUGUGCAAGGUGCGCAUCGAGGAGAUGCGCCUCGUCGUCUGGGGCCGCGAAUGGGGCGUCGCCGAGGGCAAGUUCGACGAGCACCUGAGCGAGCGCAGCAACCCGCAGCUGCGGCUGCUGGCGACGCAGAUCCUCGAGCAGCUGCACAGCACCGUCACGGACUUUAAGAAGCUGCAGGACCGCUAUGGGCUGGUGGAUGAGGCGCUGGGGAAGAAUGGCAGGGAUGAGGUGUCGCCGUCGAGGAAGGGGUCGCGGGAUGAGGGGAGGAAGAUGAAUGGCUUGAAGAUGACGAGCACGAGCUCAACGACGAGUGAGAGGAGCUGGAGGAAGGAAUUGGGUCUGAGAACCAAAUGGGUGAUAGGAGACAAGGACAAGUUCUCCAACCUCCUCAGAGAUCUCAAAGACUUCAACGACGGCCUUGAAGCCCUCUUCCCGCCCUCCCAAGUCCCCUCCUUCCAGCGCGCAUGGACGCACCACCUCCUCGACCGCGCCCAGCGCGACCUCGCCGAGCUCUCGCUGCUGGAAAACGCCUCGUCGGGCAUCUACCCGCAGCUGACCAACUCGGCCACGCUCAAGAAGCUGCGCAUCAACCUCGACAGCAAGCCCCAGGCCUCCUUCAAGCCCACCUUUGCCCUCCGCAUCGGCCUCUCCUCGCUCGAGAUCCCCCUCGACGAGGACAAUGCCUCCUCCUCCUCCUCCUCCGCUUCCUCCUCCUCCCGGCGCCGGUGCCAAGCGCACCACGUCACCGCCGGCAACGUCCUCAUCGAGUGGAUCGACUACGACCGCGACGAAGUCGACGAGCGCGUCGCCCACGUCCGCCGCCUCGACGACCUCGCCCGCAUGAUGCACUCGGCUUCCGAGUCCCACCCGGACCUCCACAGCAUCGACUGCGUCGGCUACACCGACGACACGCGCCGCUCCCGCUACGGCCUCGUCUACAAGGCGCCCUCGUCGUCGCACUCCGCCCUCGACGCCCUCAUCGCCAGCCCGGACCUCAAGACGCCCGACCUCGACGCCCGCGUCCGCCUCGCCCAGAGCCUCGCCGUCGCCCUCUGGUCCCUCCACUCCCUCGACUGGCUGCACAAGUCCCUCUGCUCCUCCAACAUCCUCUUCUUCCCCUCCGCCUUCUCCGCCUCGGGCCUCUCCCCGACCGCCUCCGCCGCCCUCGUCCCGGACAUCUCGAGCCCUUACCUCGCCGGCUUCGCCGCCUCCCGCCCGGAGCUCGACGUCGCCCUCUCCGUCGCCCCGCGCAACCCUUCCAUCGAGGAGCUGCACCGCCACCCGGCCUCCCUGCGCGGCCGCGCCCACGUCAAGCCCUUUGACAUUUACAGCUUCGGCCUCGUCCUCCUCGAGAUUGGCCUCUGGAAGGUCCUGCAGACGUAUUACAAGGGCCAUUACUCCGCCGAGCGCUGGCGCGACAAGGUCGUCCUCGCCGUCCUCGUCCCGGGCUUGGGCAGUAAGGUCGGCAAGCGCUACAGGGAGGUGGUCGACAUGUGCUUGCGCGUGGAUGAGGACAUGUCGAGUAGCGAGGCCGGGGAGUUGAUGGAGGAGGUUGUGAAUAAGCUGGAGAGCAUACGAGUGUGA